GCGGCCGGCAGGAUGCUGCCCUCGCAGGAAGCCUCCAAGCUGUACCAUGACAACUACGUGCGGAACUCGCGCGCCAUCGGCGUGCUCUGGGCCAUCUUCACCAUCUGCUUCGCCAUCAUCAACGUGGUGGUCUUCAUCCAGCCCUACUGGGUCGGCGACAGCGUUAACACGCCCAAGCCCGGGUACUUCGGGCUGUUCCACUACUGUGUGGGCAGCGGGCUGGCGGGCCGGGAGCUGUCGUGCCGCGGCUCCUUCACCGACUUCAGCACCAUCCCCUCAGGCGCCUUUCAGGCGGCCGCGUUCUUCGUGCUGCUCUCCAUGGUGCUGACGCUGGGCUGCAUCACCUGCUUCGCCCUGUUCUUCUUCUGCAACACCGCCACCGUCUACAAGAUCUGCGCCUGGAUGCAGCUGCUGGCAGCGCUCUGCCUGGUGCUGGGCUGCAUGAUCUUUCCUGAUGGCUGGGAUGCAGAGACCAUACGGGACAUGUGCGGGGAGAAGACAGGGAAAUACUCCCUGGGCGACUGCUCCGUACGCUGGGCUUAUAUCCUGGCCAUCAUCGGCAUCCUCAACGCCCUUAUCCUUUCCUUCCUGGCCUUUGUUCUUGGCAACCGGCAGAAUGACCUACUGCACGAGGAGCUCAAGACAGAGAGCAAAGACUUUGUUGGCACUGCGAGGAUAUAAGGCUGACCAUCCGCAGCAGGACCCUCUUCCCAUGGCCAGCAGCCUGGGCGCUCCCUCCCUG